UGCCUUAUCCCUGGCCGCUAGCGUCUACGGCUGGUUCGCGACAACGCCGAGGACAACUCACACCAUCUCCAUCGUGGGAAGAGUCCUGCCCAUCAUUCUCACUAGUAUCACCGUCGGCCUGAUGCAUUCCCCGCCAGCCCAGGAAUCGUUCCUGGUGUACAUGUUUGUUGCCAAUACACAAUUCGUCCUCAGCCUCUUUGGGAGUGCUGUGCUGCUGCUCAUGAUCCUUUUGAAAUACGUCCACUCACGACGGAACCUCACCAGUUGGAACGUGCUAUACGGGAACGCGGACAUUGACUCCUCGCUUCCUAGUAGCAAGGCGCGGUCCGUCUGGCUGGGAAGUGGUUCAAGCCGAGGCGGGCGAAGUCGAGCAUACAGCGGUGCCGGCACCAACAACACAUAUGACAGUUGGUUGGUGAUUCGACUAUCGAUCGCCUUCGCGGUGCUUUGUGUGUUCGAGUACACAAAUGUGAUACCUCGCAUCGCCGCCGCAAGCCACACCAUCGAUACCGCCGAUAACCUGGAGCCCGACCUCAGCGUGAAGCGGGCACGAUCCAGUAUCAGGGGUUACGUGGCCGGCGUGACACCGAGCCUGGUCGCAUUUCUCGUCUUUGGGACGACCAAGACGUUUCAACGCAAAAUUCACGACACCUUUAUGCUAAAGGGACUUUCGCGGAGGAAUAGACACAAACAAAACCUGUCCCUCUCUUUGGGAGACUCUGCCGCCGCGUCUCCACCCCAUCCACCAGCUCGACGCCCGCAGCAAGUAGACGAGUUCUCCCUGGCCGACAUGAGCCCAAAGUUUCUCCAGAGCGGCAACUACAGCCCCCAGUUUCCCACUGGUGGCAACCUUAGCCCAAGGCUACCGUACGGAAGUCAUGAAAGCAUAAGUCCUGAAUCGAUUCUCGGCUCGCCAAGGGGUGUGCCCCCGCCUAGGGCUCACAUCAACCCGGCUGGACAGUUUGUGAGCCAGGGGGUCGGCGCUCCCCAUCUGCGGACGCCCAGCGUUGGUUCCAAUCCGAGUCUGCAGUCAAAGUUUUCAGUGUACGGCCGGCCUGAAGCACGGGUCAAGGCUCUUCCUCGGACACCAUACGACUAAAAGCCGGUUGGAGGACUGGAGGGGUCCCUGCCAUUCUCGAGGUUUUUUUUCUUCUU